GCAGUCAUGGGAGGUAUCGUUAACUACGAGAAGGCGUUCUUCAACGACGAGUAUUUGGCGAAACACCCGUUCCGUAAGGAUCAGGACGGCAUCACUCGACUUAAGACGUUAAUCGCGUUGCAAAUACCGCUUCUGGAGGUGGGAAUCGGUCUUCACAAACAACGGGCGCCGCAAAGCUUGAGGCCAUUUCACGAUCACAUGGAAGAGGCGUUCGCCAAACUCAAGAACAAUGUCGAGGAAAGGUAUGGCAAACGAUCGCUUCCCGAAGACUUGAUCGACAAAUUCAACGUUAAGAUAAGGCAUGGAUUCAGUGAGAAGAACAGACAGUUUCCGAAUUCACACUCUUCUGCGCCAACAAAAGUAUUCGACAGAAACUCUUCCGGAAGUCUUUCAAGCGAUUCUCCAUCAAAGGCCGGCCGAUCCAUAUCUGUUUGGGUGAAACCCAAUCAAUUGAACAACACAUCCGGCCAUUCAAACAGUGUGUCGACGACUAACCUCUUCAGCACCAGUACUCUCUCCAAACUAAAGAAGCAGUCAUCCAAAGAUGGCGUACUUAUGAGACGCUCGAACAACGAGACCAGUUCUCAGGCCCAGUGGUACGCACCCGACCUCUUGAACAAAGCGGACACAAACCAAACGUCACAAACGGUGAUCGAGUUGUCAGAACCGCUGUCAUCGCACCGACCGUUGCGUUCCGAAUACGAGCGACGACUGAGUCGACCAAACAGUGGACAAUACAGGACACAAAGCACACACUCGCCCACUCGUAGCCUAAGCCACGGCGCGUCCUCUAACAGUCUCUCCGUAUCUCCGCAUUCAAACUCAUUGACGGACGCACUCGACGACAAACCCCCUCCGCUUCCCGUUAAGCAAUCGUUCGCCGAUUACAGCAAUCUAUCGGAGAACGGAACCAAUGGAUCCGAUUUGACGGUCGUUUCCAUCAAAAGGAAUUCCGGAAGUAUGAGCUCUACUCUCAAACAUAAAUCGCCGCCGCCUCCACCCCCUGACAACUCAAGUCCACCAAACUCUCCACGUUCUCCACCAGAGCUUCCAAAGAAACCUCAACGUCCUGUACCCCCGUCUCCUCCCUCUCCCCCUUCGCCCGUGCCAUCCAAUCAAAGCGACCAAAUCAUCGAUAAUUAACACUAAAGAGUAUUUAAGAAAAAUUUAUUUUUGAAAUAUUAUUCAUCACUUAAAGUGAGUUAAAAUUGAAUACAAUUUUAUUUUCUAGUCUUCCCAACACUUAUCUAUAAAUCAAUUUUUAUUAUAUAAUUCGCAGUUUUUAACUGCUUUUUGUGCUUUUAAUGAUUAUUUUCCGUUUGUAUUUUGAUUGUAGUG